GAACGUGUUCAUGCAAAAGACCCCCCACAUGCAUAUUUGGAUAAACUAAAAGCAUAUCUGGACCCAAAGGCCACCAGGAGUUCACGGCAAGCCAUGUGCCUCGCUAUUCAUACAAUGAUACCAGUUCCAUUUAUUAAGCGUAAAAUGCUUGGUGACUCGACAUCAACACAAGUACUUCGGGACCUAGAAAUAUCUCUCCGAACUAAUCAUAUAGAAUGGGUGCGAGAAUUUCUAAAUGAGAACAACAAAGGCUUGGAUGUGCUUGUGGAUUAUCUGUCCUUCUCUCAGGUGGUAAUGAGGCGGGAACAACUUUUAAAUAAUGAGAAAACAUCAAGUCUGGACUCAGGCCUCAGCCGAAGCCCAAGAAGACAUCUUAAAAGGUCAAACACAAUAGGGUCACCUCGUAGCUCAAAACACAUCAGCAAGCUCAACAUGGGAGAAGCCAGAGAUGAUGUUCAUGUCUGCAUUAUGUGUUUACGGGCAAUCAUGAAUCAUCAAUAUGGUUUCAACCUUGUCAUAGCUCACAAAGAUGCCAUUAACUGUAUCGCACUCAGUCUCAACCACAAAAGUUUACGAACCAAGGCGUUAGUACUGGAGUUGUUAGCAGCUGUAUGUUUAGUCAGUGGAGGACAUGAUAUUAUUCUUUCAGCAUUUGACAAUUUUAAGGAAGUAUGUGGUGAACGACAUAGAUUUGAAACUCUUAUGGACUAUUUUAAAAAUUACGAAGAAUUCCACAUAGACUUUAUGGCUGCUUGCAUGCAAUUUAUCAACAUUGUGGUCCACUCCGUAGAAAACAUGAACUUUCGCGUCCAUCUACAGUAUGAGUUCACAAAUAUUGGCCUAGAUGAAUACUUAGAAAAACUACGCAACACCGAAAGUGACCACCUGGCAGUUCAAGUCCAUGCCUAUGUAGACAAUGUCAUUGAUGUGGCCCAGUUGUUGGAAGACUCUGAAACAAAAACUGAUGCAUUAGAGAGAGUGGCUGAGCUGGAGGAGGAACUGUCACAUGUCACAGAGAGAUUGGCUGAAGUGGAAGAGGAAGCAAUGACUAAAACAGUGGAGUUAGAAAAACAGUUGUCAGAAGCAAAUACAGAACUCGAAGACCUGCGGGAGUUAACGUCAAGGCAGGAGAUGGAGAUGUCAAUGUUGAGACAGACAAUCACAGAGAAAGAUGAGGAAUCUCGUAAGCGGCUGAGUAUGCUAGAUGCUAAACUGCAUGAGCUGGAAACCAUAAAAUCUCAUCCAG